AUGGCUGCGCACUUAUCUUACGGCAGAGUGAAUUUAAACAUAUUGAGAGAAGCAGCGAGGAAGGAGCUUCGUGAAUUUCUGGAUAAAUGUGCUGGAAGCAAGGCGAUUGUCUGGGAUGAGUACCUUACUGGACCGUUUGGAUUAAUAGCUCAGUAUUCCUUGCUAAAGGAACAUGAAGUGGAAAAGAUGUUCACACUCAAACCAGGGCGAGUCCCACCAGCAGAUGUCAAAAACGUGAUCUUUUUCGUCCGUCCUAGGCUGGAGUUGAUGGACAUCAUUGCAGGAAAUGUGAUGAGUGAGGACAAGUUACAGCCACAGCGUGAAUUCCACAUCCUGUUUGUGCCUCGACGCAGUAUGCUGUGCGAGCAGCGGCUAAAAGAGCAGGGUGUCCUCAACUCCUUCACCAACAUAGACGAGUACAUUCUGGAUCUCAUCCCCUACGACGGAGAUCUGCUGUCCAUGGAGUCUGAGAGUGCAUUCAGGGAAUGCUAUCUUGAGAAUGACCAGACAAGCCUGUAUCACACUGCAAAGGGCCUGAUGACCCUGCAGGCGCUGUAUGGGACCAUUCCUCAGAUCUUCGGCAAAGGAGAAUGUGCCAGGCACGUAGCUAACAUGAUGCUGCGGAUGAAGAGGGAAUUUGCCGGCAGCCAGAACCAAAUCCUACCCGUGUUCGACACGCUCUUGUUGCUGGACCGAAACGUGGACCUGCUCACGCCGCUCGCCACACAGCUCACCUACGAGGGCCUCAUCGAUGAGAUCUACGGCAUCACAAAUGGCCAUGUGAAGCUCCCUCCUGAGAAGUUUGCUCAGAAGAAGCAAGGAGAAGGAGGUAAAGAUUUGCCCACGGAGCCCAAGAAGCUGCAGCUGAACUCGGCCGAGGAGCUCUACGCCGAGAUCCGGGACAAGAACUUCAACGCUGUGGGUGCGGCACUCAGCAAGAAGGCCAAGAUCAUCUCUGCUGCGUUUGAGGAACGACACAAUGCGAAGACAGUUGGGGAAAUUAAACAGUUCGUAUCCCAGCUGCCCCAUAUGCAGGCGGCUCGCAACUCGCUGGCCAAUCAUACCUCCAUCGCUGAGCUAAUCAAAGACAUUACCACCUCGGAGGUGUUUUUUGACAACUUGACCGUGGAGCAAGAAUUUAUGACCGGAGUGGACACAGACAAGGUGAACACCUACAUUGAGGACUGUAUAGCGCAGAAGGACCCGCUAAUCAAGAUUCUGCGGCUGGUCUGCAUGCAGUCCGUCUGCAACAACGGCCUGAAACAGAAAGUCCUGGAUUACUACAAGAAAGAGAUACUGCAGACCUACGGAUAUGAGCACAUCCUGACCCUGAACAACCUGGAGAAGGUGGGUUUUAUCAAACUACAGACCAGCACAAGGAACAACUAUCCCACCAUCAGGAAGACGCUCAAGCUCUGGAUGGAGGACGCCAAUGAGCAGAACCCCAAUGAUAUCUCGUACGUGUACAGCGGUUACGCUCCUCUGAGCGUGAGGCUCGCUCAGGUUCUGGCCCGGCCCGGCUGGAGGAGCAUCGAGGAGGUGCUGAAAAUGCUGCCCGGUCCACACUUCGAGGAACGACAGCAGCUCCCGCACGGUCUGCAUAAAAAACGUCAGCAGGGAGAGAACAGGACCACGUUGGUGUUCUUCCUCGGCGGCGUGACCUACGCAGAGAUCGCUGCCCUUCGAUUCCUGUCGCAGAUGGAGGACGGCGGCACGGAGUACAUCAUCGCCACCACCAAACUCAUCAACGGAACAAGCUGGAUCAGAUCCCUCAUGGACCGUCUCGAAGCUCCUUAAAAACGGCUUCUGGUUCACAAAGACUUUCUAGUUUAUUUUAAUAGAUUCUUUUUUUAUUUCUUUGCUUGUUUUCCUAAUAAUGCAUCAGCUAACAGUUCCUAAAGUAUUUAUGUAUGUCUGUUCAUCCUGCUUCACUGUUCAUUCUGCUGUGUCACUGUACAGGAUUAAUGAUGUCUCUGUGUGG